AUGGAGACGUUUGCUGUUACGGCUUCUCUCUGUGCAAUGUCCAACUCGGGCCAAGGCAGCCUUGCUUCGGGGCGUGAAGAUGGGCAAAAGAUUGUGGUCCAGGGAGAGCCAGGAGAUGAGUUCUUCAUUAUCUUGGAGGGCACAGCUGCAGUGUUACAGCGUCGAUCAGAAAACGAAGAAUUUGUUGAAGUGGGCAGACUGGCACCUUCUGAUUAUUUUGGUGAAAUAGCCCUGCUGAUGAACCGUCCCCGUGCUGCCACAGUUGUGGCUCGUGGCCUGUUGAAAUGUGUGAAGCUUGAUCGACCCCGGUUCGAGCGUGUCCUGGGUCCGUGCUCCGAUAUCCUCAAGCGAAACAUCCAGCAGUACAACAGUUUUGUAUCGCUGUCUGUCUGAAACCUUCCUCCCUCUCCCAAACCUGCUUCACGAAUGCAGACUGCUUUAUUACCCUUGUGCAGAGCCACAUUGCCACUGGCAUUUGCAGCUUCCUGUCUGUUUAAAAAAAAAAAAGAAAAAAAAAAAAUUGCUUAUCAUGGCACUAUUUUUAAUUUAGAGCAUAUUAGUUCUGUGCUCUCUGUCCCAUUAAAUGAAUAGAAAAAGGUCUAUGGAGACGUUUGCUGUUACGGCUUCUCUCUGUGCAAUGUCCAACUCGGGCCAAGGCAGCCUUGCUUCGGGGCGAGAUCUCACACCACGCCGAUUGCCACAAAAUAAGGAGGUGACAGUAGAGGGAGGGGGGAAAUUUUUUUUUAAAAGGUGUUUCUCAAAUUAUUGGUCGGAUUUUAAGGCUGUGGUCAUAAUCUGCUGUAUUUCUUUUUCAAAUGAGAGCUGCCCUUGUAAUUGAGCUUCUUGGGGCUUGGGGUUUUCUUUUUUUGUUGUCGUUAAUUUUCUGGGUACUGUAAUCCUGGGUUCAAUCGUGAGGCAUCAGCUGCUAAGAAAGCCACAGUUGGAAUUUAACAGUAUAAUUGUUCCUGUGUCUGCUGGUUUAAGGUUGCUUAGUUAUGUUUUUGUCAAGUGUAAAUCAAAGCUUUCAAGGUUGCUAGUUCUGGUGAGCUCCUGCAGUUGUUACUUCAUUUGCUGACUUGCCGCAACUAAUUAUUUUUUCUUGUUCUUUCUUCAGUGAUAGAUAUGCCAUUUCAAACUCUUCCUGUUCAAAGUGGCAAGAACCAAAUGUGACAUUAAAUGGCUAAUGUUGAUCACUAGUAGGUAGAUGGGUGUAAGGAUGUGCAGCUCUCCAGCUGUCAGUCUUGUUCAAGUACUUAGAUUGGUGUAGAAGUUGGAAGCAAACGUUUGAUUUUUCCCUGUGACUCUUGCUUGCUUUGUGCUCCUCAGUUGAUUUUUUUCUUUUUUUUUAUAAAAAACAACCCCACAUCAGUUCAGGUGACCCUUUGCUACCAGGGAAAAUAAACACUGAGUAUUCCCGGCCAGCAUGAGGGGCAGGGGCAGGACUGCUGGUCUGUGCAGAUGCCACUGCUCUGGGUGGAGAAUGGGAGGCAGAAAAAGUGAAUGUUUUGACUUUCCUGCAACACUCAGUUAUUUUAAGUUUUUAAAUGGGUCAAUUUUUAAAUUGCUUAAUUAUAAAGCUAGUUUAAAUAUAAAAGGUGCAUUCUCUUUUCUUGCUUAUGGAAUUUACAUGACACGUAUUUCAUACUCACUCUUUUUUCCAAGUUCAAUAUGUUGCGGAGUCUUAAAUGUAUUUCAGUAUUUACCAGCUUUGUGUUCCAUUAUUCUGUGCGCACCAGUACUUCCCAGAAGUUUUUACUGAAUUCCACGGUUCAAUAAUGGUAGGCAAUUUUUAAGGUUUCCUUUAAACUGUAAUUUAUAUCAAGUAGCGUAGGUUUGUAUUUGGGAGUGACAGCAAGCAGUCCUGCAUUUGUUGUGCAACUACUUCUAAGGAUGGAGCCCUCCUUUUAUUUCAUUUCUGAGGUGAUUUGGAUUCAAACUGGACACCCUUUGGUAUGUCCAUGAUCUGAAAGAGUCUGCUCGUCGAUGCAAAACAAUCCUGGGGGUAUCAAGCCUUUACAAAAGGCUUCAGGGUAUUUCUGAACCUGAAAUCCCAACAAGGGGAUUUAAAGGCUUGUGGUUUGGGUUCUGUGGUCAGAAGAGGAGUGGAGGAUUUCUGCCAGAGUCCUUAAGGAGUCAGCAAAUGCUACCUUUUUUUUUUUUUUGGUAAAACUGUUUUCUUAAGUUUUGACUCUAUCCAGGUUUUUUCUUCAUAUGUGUUCUUUGUGUUACUUUAAAGCACCAAAAACUGUGUAAACUAGUUAGAGCUCCACAAAAAAGUGCACAUUUUUUUAUAUAAGGCUUUCUAAUCAAGUUUCACUACUGCAUCUUUUUAGCUUGCUGUUUACUCCCUUUUGUAGUUUUACCUACAAGAUUUUAAGAUAAAUCAGCUAAGUCUGAGUUAAAUAUUAAUCACAGUUAUAGCUUUACCUUUGUGUGCAAUUUCAAUAUGUUUGAAACCACAAUUGGCAUAGUUUUGCCUUAGCUAACAUUCAGGGCUUUAGAAGUAAUUUUUUGCUAGUCCACCUUUAGCGAAUUUCGGAAGUCUAUUGCCCUAGAAAGCUAUAGUCAACCAGAGGACCAGUUUUGUAUUGUUACCUGACUAUAUAAGUCUGAUUUACUGUAUGUGCUAAUAUAUUAUAUUCCUUUUGUUAUAGAUUGUCCUAAUGGCAGGUAAAGCAAUAAAAUGAUUUAAAUUCUUAAAUGCAA